ACGGCAAAUCUUUGUCGGCUCUCUUGCAGGUUCGAAUCAAUUAGGAAAACGGGGGACACGACGUAGAAAUAUUUUUUGUUUUACAUUUAUCAAAAUAUUCUUUUCUGUUAAUUCGCUAAGGAAAGUUCAACUUGUUAAAUUUAUCAAAUUUUACGAAAUGUCCCAGCCAAAACUUGUAAAUAAGCCCAAUAUGUAACAUUCUCAUGCAUAAACCAAGACCAAGGUAAUAUAGUAUUACUUCUCUAAUUCUGUGACCAAGACAAACCUCAACACGGGAUGUAAUACCGUAAAGACCACUUUCGUCUGCCCAAACUUCUCACCACACACAUAAGUGAAAUUCACCUUAUCUAUAACAAACAUUCCUUUAUCAUGGAAAGGUUAACGGCACCACCAAACCAACAUUUGUGCAUACAAUAAAUAUGUACAUAAUAUUUACUAACUCAUCCUCCAACAAGUCGUAAUCUUAACACGGUUUGGAAUCAGAUGUGUCAUUCGGAUUAUACAAUUUGUAUUGCCAAGCUUAGCUCUUCUUUGUUAUGUAAAUCAAUUAGGCCAUCCAUCAUCUCGGCUUAUCAAGUCAAAUCCUCCCCAGUUUUACAAAGCAGAUAUGCAGCACUGGGGUCACCACUUUGACUAAAAUUAGCCAGUUAUCUCCUCACCUCAGUCGCGUCUGGUUGACGGACAAAGUAUUUACUUGUUUAGAAAUUUAACUAAUUUACAUAUAUCAUCCCAAAAGUGAGGAUGAUUCGGUUAAUAGCAAUUUUAGUCGUGUCCUGCUACACGACACAUGUCGUCACCUCGCCGGUCGUUAAUACCGGCAUAAUUGCUCUAAAUUUGAACGCUGAGCGUGACUUGGGCGUAUGGACGGCGACCGGGAGGAACGGAACGACAGACUAUUCUGUCGCUGCUGGAGUUCCGGGUGGAAUAUAUUCCGACCUGGAAGCGAAUCAAGUCCUAACCACGCCAAUUUAUCAUGACUACAAUGACCUCGAGUCAAAAUGGGUGGGUCGAACGAAUUGGACAUUUUCGCGACAAUUUACCCCUAGCAACGAGCUUCUCGCCAAAUCGAGAAUAGUUCUCGUAUGCGAAGGACUCGAUACCGUGGCGGACGUCUACGUCAACAACAUUCUCGUCGGAAGCAGCCAGAACCAAUUUGUCCGAUACAUUUUCAACAUCAAGUUUGCAAUUCAGUUGGGCGUCAACAGUUUACGAGUCGAGUUCCGUUCUCCGGUUGAGUAUGCACAGUCCGGGUAUAUUCGACACGACCAAAUCUACGGCUACCCGGUCCUACCCGACGCCCUAGUACCCGAAUUUCGGGGUGAAAACCAGGCUCAAAUGAUUAGAAAGACACAAUCAACCUUCUCCUGGGAUUGGGGGCCUUCAUACCCAACCACUGGAAUUUGGAAAUCCAUCUUCAUCGAGGGAUUAAACGGGGCCGUGAUAAGGGACGUUCUUAUCUUUACGAAUUCUAGCCAAACCCCACCCGACGAAACGGACGCGACCGUGUGGAAUCUUACGGCACGCGUCUACUUUGAAUCUGCGCCGGUGUCGGAGAGUGGAACUUUGACGCUGAAACGGUCCGGAGAUGCGGAAGGGGUCAGUGUACCGGUGACACUGUCAAGUUCGAGCAAUGUCCACGAUGUGACCGCUAUGGUGCCGGGAAGCAUCGCAAAAUUGUGGUGGCCGAAUGGUUACGGAGAUCAAAAUUUGUACACUUAUGACAUCUCCUACUCUUCGGAUUCCUUUAAUGAAACGAGUACAAAAAGCGUACGGGUUGGAUUUCGUACCGUGGUUUUAAUUCAGGAUCUUAUCAACGAGACUACGCCAGAUUGGGGACGCCACUUUUAUUUCAAGGUUAACGACCUUCCACUGUACUCGAAGGGGUCGAAUUCCAUCCCCAUCCACGUCCUGCCUGAAAGGAUAACGCCGGAAAUGACUCAGUGGUUGUUACAAUCCGCGAAGGAAGUUCAUUCCAACAUGAUUCGAGUCUGGGGUGGCGGGAUGUACGAAUCGGAUGUGUUCUAUGACCUUGCUGAUGAAAUGGGAAUCUUCAUUUGGGAAGAUUUCAUGUUCGCUUGCGCGAUGUACCCUGCCACGCCUGACUUUCUCGCCAAUGUGAUGGAAGAAGUCGACACGCAAGUCAAGCGUCUCCAGCACCACCCCAGUUUGGCCAUGUGGGCGGCCAACAAUGAGAACGAGGGCGCCCUCCGACAAAACUGGUACGGAACGGAGAGUAGAUUUGAAACUUAUAAAGCCGACUUUAUCAAACUUUAUGUUGACACGAUCAUCUCCAACGUCACGUUUUUGGAUCCAUCUCGAGAAUGCAUUUCGUCCAGUCCCACGAACGGAUAUCAAUCCGAAUUAGAGGGUUGGGUCGCCCAGAACCCGGGUGAUCAGCGCUACGGUGACAUGCAUCCAUAUGACUACACUUCGGAUUCAUGGGAUUACCGGGUUUUCAGAAAGCCACGCUAUACCUCAGAAUACGGGUACCAAUCCUUCCCAUAUAUCGAGACUCUAAGAAAGGUUACCGACAAUCUUGCUGAAUGGACGUGGGAAUCCGAUUUUGCAGAGAAUCGUCAACAUCAUCCCAGAGGUCAGGAAGAAAUCCGUAACCUGACCCGAUCACAUCUCCCGUUUCCACUCAAUUACAAUUCCAGCGAAGCCUUCCCAUCCAUGCUUUACAUGGCUCAGAUCAUUCACUCCAUGUCGCAAAAGACGCAGACAGAACGUUACAGACGACUGGUGGACAAGUUUAACGAAACCGAUGGCACUGGGUUCAACAUGGGUGCGCUGUACUGGCAGUUGAACGAUAUUUGGGAGGGAUGUUCAUGGGCAACUUUUGAGAUUAACGGACGUUGGAAAAUGUUUGCGUACUACAUUCAGCGUGCAUUUUCCCCAAUUCUGGCCUCCCCUUACAAGCAGGACAAUGGGGACGUUUCCGUCGACCUGAUUUCCGAUCGUGUCGCUCCCUUCGCUGGAGAAAUGCGCUUCCGCGUCUUCAAUUUGGCCAGCUUGACACCCUUGAUCGACCUCCGCGCAGGAGUUGAAACUAGUUACCUCACGUCGCCGGAAGUCUAUCGAUUCACUGCGGACGAAUUGACUGCUGUUGGUUGUGGGGAAGCCAACGCGGCGUCGCCCUGUUUUGUCGUCGUGUCCUUUGCGGAGCCGGAGAUUCCCGAUAAUUUCCUAUGGCUGCAAUACCCAACGAAUAAGGAGUGGGUGAAAAAUCCCAGUAUUCGGGCAACCCAAUACACAGCGUCCCCAGAUUUGAAAACUUUUACGAUCACUCUCUCCUCGCAGGAGGUGGCCCCCUUCGUCUUCGUCAACUUGAAGGAACACACGAAUGGAAAAUUCAACGAUAAUGGUUUCAUUAUGAUUGAAUCCUCGAAAGUAUUAACGUACAAGUCGCGAGAUCCAAUGUCACUGCAAGAUUUUAUGGAUCAAGUCGAUAUCUUAUCACUCUACGAUGUCACUCCGUUCGCGUAAAAUUUGUCCAACUUCUUAAAGUUUCUAAAUUUUAUUGACCUUGCGUGGCCAUAUUAAAAUUUAAAAUUUGACUUGUGUAAGUUUAAAAUUCAUAUUAUGAAAAUAUUAUGUGAUAAAUAAAUGCAUUUAAAU